AUCCAGUCCUCCGAAGUAAUCAAUGAUUAUUGAAUUCGCAUCAGGCACGGAACAAUUAUUAACCGACGACCAACGGUAGCAAUCUGGGCCAGAAAUACAUCGCAGCGGUCAAUACUAGUACUUGACGCUCGUGACCUCUAAGAGAUCGCUGCAUCUCCGCUUUCUUUCUUUCUCUCACUCGUGGGUUUCGAGUCAGAUUUGAUGUCAUGGUUCUCAUCCUGUCCCGGGCUCAGCUCCAGCACCAGGUCCUCUCCUCCCGUACUGACGAUGACAGCGAUAACUCAGAUUGGGAUCCUAUGCAGAUCACAGCCCCAAUAAUUGUUGGCGUCUCACUCAUAAUCAUCUUUGCUGCAUGUAUCAUGUGGUACAGAUGGUCACACCAUUUCAAACAUCACUUUCGCCGGGUUCGAGAUGCAUCUGUCUCAAAAGUAUACCAGGUCUUCAUGCCUCAAUACCGUCGUCGAGUACAGCAUACUAGCAUACCCGUUACGCUAGAUGAGUCCAUGGCCACUCCAUGUCACAUACGAAGAUAUCAUCACUCGACGUAUAUUCGAUCAGACUCAACUGAUUCAGAAACACCACUAAGAGACUCUUUCGAAUUCUCCUUCCCACCCCACAAAUAUCGUCCUGAUUCUUUUCGCAAGUCAGCACAUCAGCAGUCCCAGCGAUCUGGGAGGCGGCUAUGGCGAUGGUGGAGUCUUUUUGGUGUGGGCCCUCGAGAGGUCAAGCCAACAGUACCAAGCCAUCGCUGGGUGGUUGAGGGUCCGGAUGAAAAUAGUACUGUGGGACAUGGGGAUGGGUCAUUCAACAGCCAGAGCGUUGACACGAGAUCAAGGUGGACGAGCGGUCUCCCACCGGUGCAUGAACAGACGAGUGACGACGAGGGUGACCCCGGUCGAGAAAUUUAUGGCGGGGUUAUCCAAAUCGGAGAUCCUGAUUCCUCUACACACUCAGCGACGCCAAUAACUCCAGGAUACCAUCAAGGUGUUGCAGCAUCUGUACCACCUGGGUCGGUUUCUACAUCGGCCCGAACGGCAGCACCGGAAUACAGUGCGGCUGGAGGUCCGUAUUCGUCAUCUAAUUCGCGGACCAUGACAACCGCGCCAACAACUUACAUUCAACAAAGUUCCUACACCCCGGGACUUACCCACUCCAACUCGCCCGCCCCACCAAUGUACAGUUCGGUUUCGCAUAGCAGAAAUGCGUCCAUUGAGAGUCUUGUAUAUCCCGCCGAUCCGGACCCAACGGCGCUCUAUCCAUGGUCGGUGCGUGCCAUGACACGGACCCUCCCACGUAUAUACCAGCAUGAACGACAGAUGUCGACGGAGAGCAUACUUGCGAACUCGGCCCCUAUGGUACCACAGAGCAUGUACUAAUUAAUCGUAUUUCUCGAUAUCCAAGAGGAUGAGUAGAUCCAGUGGACACUGUACCCUAUAAAAAUGGAGUUCGUCAAGACUGGUUGUAUUCAUUACUACUCGUAGUAGCACCAUGCCCGGCCCCCUAGUUCCAUGGUGUCCUUUGGUCCGUGUCAUGCCCUUCAGCAUAUAGUCAUGACUCCUUCACGUUCGUCCGGUAGCAUAUUUUAUACUAUCUAGUAUCUUUGGGACUUAAAAACUUUGAUUGUAUUUUCGUAGACAUCUGAUGUGCUUAUCCUCGCUUUUUUAGCACGAUUCUUCGGAUACCUCGGUAACUAAUCAAUUAUAAUUCUGGCAUCAUUGCUGCGGGAUCUGUCGCAAUAUAUCUGCU